CGUUGCUCCUUCAGAAGAAAUGUGCCCGUAAAUAGGUUAUGUAGGGUGAUUAGUUUAUUUUGCUUUUAUGUAAAUGCGGUCGUUUAUAGCGUUCUAUAAAUUUAAAUUGAAUUGAAUAUUUCCUCAAAAACUUUUAGUAUAUAUUUACAUUUUACAAGUGCAUGUAAUUACAAUGAGAAACUACAAUACUAAAAAUAUUAACGGUGUUUUUUUCGAGUGAAAGUAGUCGGAAAAAUGUUGGUGUAAUGACGGGUAUUCAUUCAGAAAACGACACACUUGUAUAACUAAUGAAAAUGCUAUUGCAUCUUUUGUUUUUUAAAUUCCUCAGUUAUGCAAGUGACGUGUGCCUCACAUACAUAUAUACAGCAAAGUGUGUAAAUCAAAUGUUGAAUGAGCCUAACACGUGUUAACAAAAUGUAUUGCUGAAAACAAUUUUACUACGUUCCAUUUACGAUAUAUUGGAUAUGGAAAGUUCAAAAAUUGAGAACGCGACUGCCACACGGAAUACGAAGAGUAAUAACAACGAUGGAGGUCGUUUGUUAUCCGAGGAAGCUUUAACAGAUUUCCAGAGCAAGAGCAAUAAAUUCCGGCAGUCGAGUGACGAUCCAGCGCUUCCAUUGAAUAGCUAUAUAACGGAGUAUAGGCGGCAAUUUCGAAACAGAUAUAUUACUGUAAAAACCAUUUUACUAAGGCGAUCCACAUCUUUGCACUUGGAAGGAUACAUGCGCAAUACAUCUGAGCACCAGGAGGAGUUUCAGUGGUAUUCACAUGAAGACUGCAAAUUGUGUCGGGCCUAUGCUAUUAAAAAACCUCAAAACUUAUUUAUAAAUGGUGAUAUUGAAAUGGAGCCUGAAUACCGUUCGUCAUAUAUUUCCCACCCAAUGGUAGAUCGCACUACAAAAAUAUUACCACGUGAAGCUUUCCGCCUCGAUGAGUAUCCAAUAGAGAAAAACGUUCAACCGAGACAUACAGAAAUUUCCACCAGGCGAAAUCUGUCGGAGACUAAGCCCAAACAUGAACUUGCCACUCGAAAUUUUCAUAAAUGCCACCUACAGCAGCUCAGCAUUGAAGCGAAAUAUAACACUGCCCCAUCUGAAUAUAAACGCCAAUACGUAGAAUUCCCUAUAGAGAAAGCACGGUCUAUACCACAAAUUUGUAAUUUAAAAAUACAAGGUAAAUUUGGCGGCGUACCUGAGUAUCAAGACAGUUUUAAAAUUUAUGAAAACUAUUCAAAGAGUGCUCCUAUUAAGAAGGCUGACAAUUUACGUAUGUCUGGCGCUGAAAAGCUUGAAGAAGAGAGUUAUGGAAGCAGAAAUGUACCCGAAUAUAAUGAGAAAUUCAGUAACCCACCAAAAAAUGUGUCAAGAGAGAAACCACUUAAAACCGAUGAUCAUCUGUAUCCAAAUGGUCAGUUCUCGAAAGAUAGGCCGGAAUACUACGACAGCUUCCAAGAUCCGCAGAUCAAACACAUGCCGGAACGUGGAAAAUGCCGGGAACCAUACUUACGUCUGAAAGGUAAAAUCGAAUUUAACCCUGAAUAUCGGAAUACUUUUUUGGAUUUCCCACGUGCACGCCCCGUCAUACGCAAACCUGAUUCCACAUUUCGGCUGCCAAACUCAUCAAAUAUAUCAAAGACUGCGACUAACAAGAGUCCCAAACAAUCCCCACGUGAAAAAUGCAGUUCAUAUUUACCAAAUACUGACCAUUUUUGCAAAGCAUUACUACCUACCUCAGAUAUCAUCACGACACCAGAGUACCGUCGAGCCAACUAUCAGUAUCAAUUGCGUGAACGCACGCCCAUACGUAAUUCAAUACCCAAAGUAGAUGCAAGACGGGAAUCUAAUGUAUCGAUCGCAAAACAGCGAAAUAAUACAAUGCCUUCUCCUCAUACUUCGCGCCAUCGCGAAGAAUCUACAGGGUAUCAUAAAAACUUUAUCGAAUGUGCAACGAAAAAUGCACCGAAGUUUGGCAGACGUGCUUCUAUGCUUCCAAAUUCUUCAGAUUCAUGUAAGGAGUGGACGGCGUUUUCUAGUUCAGAUCGGCAAAAUCAUGAUAAAUCCUUUGUAGUGCUGAAUGCUGAAUGUAAACCGAAAAAUUGGAUGAAAAAAUCGUGGUAUGAGUCAUAAUUUAGCGCUUUAUGUAGCCUCAAUUGCAGAAAUGAAUUAUAACAAAAGUAAUAAGUUAACUCCAGAACGUUCACAUGAUGUAAAUACAUAUACAUGUAUGCGUAUCUAACCGUUUGAUAGCUAAGUGGAAUGCAUAUGUUAUUUUAGGAUGAGCUCCAAGCUUAUGAACGUAACCUACUGUAAUAUGACUUUAAAUCUCACAGAGUUGAUAUUCCCAAUUUGUUUUUCAACAUACCCAACUUUCUUUUUAUUAAGGUCAAAAAUAAAUCUUAUAUUAGUCGGAUAUCCUGACGACUCUCGUGAGGGGUAUAAGGAAUUUAGAUUUUUCUAUUUAAAGUGAGUAAACUUCCAUCAAUAAUAAUGUCUAAGUCCAAAAUUGUAAUGAAAUAAUUGUAGUUAUACAGGAAAAGUAUGUUCCUACGGGAUUCGUUACGUAUGUUGAGGUUAUGUUUAUAUUGUACGACUACUUAUUUUUCCUUAGUUACAAAAUUCAUCUCAUAAAAACAAUAAAAA